GCCGUGGUUGAUUUUAAUGCAAUGGGCCACGCGGCCACGCGCCCCCCCCCCCACCUCCACGUUUAAAUACUCCAGCCAGCUGAUCGAUGGUUGCCAUGGUGGUGGUUGUUGUUGUUGCUGUUGCCAUGGUUGCUGUUGCCACGACUGCGUUGCCAACGCGGCCACAAACAAACCCCGCGGUGGGCCGAGGGAGGGAAGUCCGCGGCGUGCGCUCCAAAAUCCUCUCUCUGGCUGAAGUCCCGCACGCCAAGCCCCCCUCUCAUCGCCCCACCACAACUGCUCGAGUCCACUCGGCACGAGUGCCUCACGAGACAAGCCCCAUCGCUCGCCUCGUUGGCCGGCACCAGAGGAGCUAAACGCCGACACGCGAGUUAGAGCGACACCCCCCCACCACCACCACCGCCAAAAGCCAGCGAGGAUGGUCGACGCCUCUUGGUCCUCCACGAGGAAGCCCUACCCCAUGCCGACCCUGGAGAAUGACGAGAGCUUCACGGGGACACGCCUGCACCACACCAGGUACGGCGAGCCGGCGUACCUGGGGCAGUCGCAAGAGCCUUGGCAGAGGCUGCACGCUUCCAGCACCCUGGCCAGCGCUCGCCGCCACAACGCUGGCCAGCAUCAUCAUCAGGUUCCCAGAGACAGUCUGGAUUUCGUCCUCCAGUCCUUGUAUGAUCACCACUCUGGAUUCCUGCAGGGAAAAAACGAGACCUUGGUGCAGAGGGAAACUUUGGACAGUUUGGAUGGGUGGGCCCUGAAGACCCGCGUCGAGGAGAAUCCCGACAGCGGCAAUCCGAGCGGCCUGCCCCUGCGCAGAUUCACCGUCCCCAACAAGGAAACGAUCCAUGCGAUUGCUGGGGCCAUCCAGAGCCACCACUCAGCCGCCACCAACCGCGGAUAUUCGCGGAAGCAGGACGGAGGUUUCUACUGCACCUAGAGCGUGACUCGCCUGGCCUGCGGGGAACGCAGGUGCCCACCAAGUCUUCCAGACGAAGCCCAACUACAUUGUGAUAAAUCCAAACUCAACGUUCGCCAAAUUGCACAGGGGACGCUCAGUGAAUCGCAUUUCGAAGUGGCGGUGAAAAAGUACCCCAUUUCGACAUUUUACAUGGCCCAGGACUUUCUUAACACAAUUAUUAAAGUAUGAAAAAUGAAAACAGGUUUAACCCUUUCUGGCAAUAAAACAGGUGUUAAGAUGUUCAAACACAAAAUAUAAACCUUUUGCAAGGAAUCAAGUCUGCAUUAACCACACUUACAUGUGGUGAACAUGCAAACAUGGUACUGGAAAAAAAGGUUCCAUGAUAGACUUUCUUAUUAAAUAUAUGAAUCUCGAUGGGCUCACACCUGAAUUAAAGGCAAUGUCUUCCAAAUAGUUUCUUAAUUGUGCUACCUUUACAUAUGCAUUUUAAUUAACGUCGAUUGUUUUAAGGAGAAUUACUACUGAUAAUUAAUGUCAAUCAAUUGAGAAAAUUGGAUUGACAGUUGCGAAACUGAGCUCGAGGGAAAUUCCAAUGACUUGAACAAUACGUAAUCACGUUGUCCGUGGAAUGUUGCACAAUGACAUAGUAAUGACACACCUGGGAUUGCUGUGUCCGGAUGCUGUUCCAAUGCCUGGUCCGCUUCCUUGAUUAAAUAAUGUAUACAGGUGACUGUAGCUGUUUACAUUUUACCUUUUCUGUAUUUCUAGAUGUAAUCUCUAAUCAGAGCUGCUUUUGAAACUUAAGCACUGUUUUCAGUACUCUCAAUAUAUGAAUAUAUAUGAUAUACUCUACUUGAUAUCAUUGCCUUAACCUUGCUAGAUUGCACUGCAUUUACAAGUAUUAAGAACUAUCGCAGAAAAAUCCAGUAUUACUGGUGUUGUGAGAAACAGUGUUUCAUUCUUGGGACUUGAGUGGUCAGCACCACUCUUGCAAGGUGCAUAUUUCAGUCCGAGUCAACCUAGCUACCAACACAAUUAUAAUCCGAUUAUUGACUGCUGUGGGGUUGUAGUAUUUCUAGCAAGGCGUUUCUUGAAGUCACAAUUGAUAGAUGUAUUUCUCAAGACGCUCUUAAUAAAAGACAUUCCAUCACGAG